AUGGCCUGGCGUUUUAAGGCUUCUAAAUAUAAAAAUGCGGCACCCAUUGUGCCUAAACCUGAAGCAUGCAUUAGAGAUAUUAGUGUUGGAUCAUAUCAGACAUAUGGAAACAAUAUUUGUGCCUCAGCAGCAUUUAUGGCAUUCAAUUGGGAACAUGUUGGCUCAAGUAUGGCUGUGCUGCCUUUGGAUGAUUGUGGCAGGAAAAGCAAGACCAUGCCUUUACUUCAUGCACACUCAGAUACAAUAACUGAUAUGGAGUUUUCUCCAUUCCAUGACGGACUGUUACUAACUGGAUCACAGGAUUCUUUGGUAAAGGUAUGGCACAUUCCUCCAGAAGGCUUGAAGGAAUCACUUUCAACGCCAGAGUGCACACUGUCACAAAAGCAACGGAGGGUUGAGAAUGUCGGCUUUCACCCAGUUGCAGAUGGCCUUAUCCAUGUCGCUUCAGGUCAUGAACUUGCUCUCUGGGACCUGACGAAACAAAAGGAAGUAUUUGUAAACAAAGAGCAUUCAGAAGUGAUCCAGUCGACGUCCUGGAAGCAGGACGGUCGUUUGCUGGCGACGUCGUGCAAAGACAAAAAGGUGCGGGUCCUUGACCCUCGGACCUCGAGUCCCGUGUUAAGUGUCGCGUCCAGUCACCAGAACAUCAAGGACAGCAGGCUCGUGUGGUUGGGAGACAGUGACAGGAUAUUGACUACCGGUUUCGAUUCCGCGCGUCUCCGUCAGAUCAUGAUUCGCGACAUUAGGAAUCUGUCGGAAACACAGAAGACGUUGGAACUGGACUGUUCCACUGGGAUACUGAUGCCGCUCUUCGAUCCCGAUACGAAUAUGCUCUUCCUGGCUGGGAAGGGCGAUAUCACCAUACUUUAUAUGGAGCUGACCGACCGCGAGCCGUAUUUGGUUGAGGGCUUGAGGCAUUCUGGCGAGCAAACCAAGGGCGCUUGCUUAGUGCCGAAGCGUGCGGUUCGUGUGAUGGAAGGUGAAGUGAAUAGAGUUCUGCAACUGACCAGCUCUUCUGUAGUCCCCAUAAUGUAUCAGGUUCCCAGGAAGAGCUACCGCGAGUACCACGCGGAUCUGUACCCGGACACCCGCGGCGCCGUGACGUACGUGAGCGCAGACAUGUGGCUGCGGCGCGACGAGCGCCCCGUGCCCAGCAUCUCGCUGCACCCCACCGCGCGCGCGCACACGCAGGUUCAUCGAGGGAAUUUAGAAGAAAUGGUGAAAGCAAUCAAAGCAAUGCCCCCUCUAAAGAAAGCUGAAACCAAGCAAAUAGUGACGCAAAAAAUUGAAGAACCCUCUACACCAAAGCCGCAACCACCUCCAGAACCAAGAGACGAGGACCGUAUCGAUUUCGUUAACGUAAAAGAUCUAAUUAAAGGCAUGGAGAGACAGACCGUCGAACCCAAGGAUUACACGAAAGAUACAAAUGGUUUUCAUAAAAAAAUCACAGAUAAUGGUCAUGACUAUAAUGAGAAGAAACUUGAAGAUGCUGAAUUUGAAAAGCAUGAAAGGGAAAUAUGUCAUAUUUCAGAGAAGACGGAAAAUUCCGCUGAAUCGACUGAGGAAAGCGUAAAACCACUUGAGAAAACCGACAGCACAGAGUCUACUGAGUGUACCUUGUCAAGAAGUAACAGUUUAAUUAAUGGUAUUCCAGUGCAGGCACCGAAACCUUUGCCUAGGUCAUCAAUAUCCGAGGCUGGGUCUAUGGACGAACAUUCUGAAGCGCCUAAACCCAAACCUAGAACUAGCACAGGUUCUGUUGGAUAUAAGCCUCGUCUGGGACCAAAACCGUUUUCAGCAUCUUCGAGUAGCGAGGAGUUCUCCUUCGACAAGGUGUUCUCUGUGCCUGCUGUACCUGGCGUCGUAAAGUCUGAUUCAAUGACCUCGCCGGUGUCCGGUCCGGCAUCGACGCCGCCUGUUACUUCCACUCCUAUUGCGAAAGAGACGGAGGAGAAAGAGAAGUCGCUUUCGCCGACUAGUGAUGUGGAGAUACCUGCUACAAAAGAAGAUUACAGCAAUGGCAAAUCCGACACAAGUCUAGAAGAGGACAUUAACUCAUCCGAUUCUGGGUACAUGCCGAAGACACCAGGCUAUGCCGAGAGAAGGAAAAUGUUCGAAGCCACCGACGGCAGCAAGCAGUCCAUAGCGGAGCGGCGGCGCGCGUACGAGGCGCGCUCCGUCAGCGUCGCCGGCGACAGCGAGCCGCCCGCUUCUCCCGCACCGCUGAGGCGUAGAGACUCAUUAAAAUCCCGCAAGAGUCCAGAUCGCGAGGAAAAGAGAUCGUCUGUGCCCAAUGUCACCACAAAAAGAACUUCCACAGUUUUUGGCAAAGUUUCGAAGUUUCGACAUUUGAAAGGUACGCCGGGACACAAGUCAACACAUGUCGAAAACAUUAAGAACAUCAGUCGACAAAUAUCCGGCGAGUGUAAUGGAUUUUACGCGAACGGCGUGCGGUGCGCGGUGCCGAUCAGCGGCGGCGGCGGGCGGCUGGGCGUGCUGGAGCUGCCGCGCGGCGCCUCGCCCGCCGCCCGCGCGGCGCGCGCGCACCCGCCGCUGCACGCCGCCGCGCUGCUGCACGCCGCCGCGCUCACCGACGCCGCCUGGGACCCCUUCGACGACACGCGCCUGCUCGUCGCCUGCGACGACGGACAAGUGCGCGAGUGGAUACUGCCGCACGACGGUCUACAAGAGUCAACAAACGAACCCAACCGUACCUUCUCAGCACAUCCAGACAAAAUUUAUUUAAUCCGCUUCCACCCGACCGCGUCAGAUUUAUUAACCACGGCAGCUCACGACUUAACGAUAAAACUAUGGGAUCUGUCACAGCCCGAACCUCAAGCAGCAAUCACGUUAACUGGGCACACUGAUGCAAUUUUCGCACUGGACUGGUCGCCAUGCGGAGAAUAUUUAGCUACUAUCUGCAAAGAUGGUCUUAUUCGGAUAUACAAGCCUCGAGAAUCCUCCGAGCCAAUCAGGAGUGGACCGGGUCCCGCAGGAAGCCGGGGCGGGAGAGUAGUGUGGGCGCUCAACGCUACACAUCUUGUUGUUACUGGUUUCGACAAAGUGUCGGAGCGUCAGAUCCUGUUGUACAAGGCGUCGGAGCUGUCGGCUCCCGUGUGCACGGUGGGUCUGGACGUGUCGCCCGCCAUCUUACAAACGCACAUUGAUCAUGAUUCUGCAACGCUGUUCCUCACUGGACGGGGAGAUUCGACGAUAUACUGCUACGAAGUUACAAGCGAGCCGCCAUAUUUGUGUGCGUUGUCGCAUCACCGAGCUGCCACGUUACACCAGGGUAUCGCCUUCCUCCACAAGAACCUUGUAGCCGUCGAAAAGGUUGAAUUUGCACGAGCCUUAAGACUUACGAAUGGAAAUAUUGAACCACUUUCAUUUACGGUGCCUAGAAUAAAGAGCGAGCUUUUCCAAGACGAUCUGUUUCCCGCGACGCUGGUGACGUGGGAGCCGUGGCUGUCUGCUCGCGAGUGGCUCGCCGGCAAGCACGUGCCGCCGCGCACCGCCUCGCUGCAGCCGCCCGGCAUGGAGCCGCUGUCGGCACACACGCAAUGUCCCGUCUCCCGUGAUAAACCCAAAGAAGUGCAGAAGCCAAAACCUGAUCUCAUCAAGUCACAUGUACCUCUUGAUCCAAAAGAAAAGCAGGAAAGUAUUAUGAAAUCAAUGAGUGCGAGAGUCCAAGUGAAUUUGAAGCUGGAACAGGACAGUAUGGAGGGCGUUGAUGAAUCCGAGUGGGACCAGUGA